CGGCAAAUAGAUGAGUUGGGCCGUUGAUGCUAUUCGAAUGAAUUCUAUUUUCCCGAUCCUCUCAUCCUUAUUAAAAUCUCGACAUCAAUCCACAUUUUCUUUGGUCGCCAAUUUGUGUCGAACUUCUUCUUUGUAUCGUCUGUACUCAACAAACCCACCCCAUUCACGGUACAGUGUAAUCCAUUGCGGCGGACGAGACGCGCGAGCCAUGGCCAUGGAUGCUUCUGAAGAAACCCUUCGGAGAGCUAUGUCCGACAAGCAAGCUGCCGUUGACGCACAAGGGAACGCCGUCAGGGAUCUAAAGGCAUCCGGUGCGGCGAAGGCGGAGAUCAAUGCAGCAGUGGAAGCACUAAACGCCUUGAAGUUGGAGAAAUCUUCCAUUGAAAAACAGCUUCAAGCUGCCAUCACUGGUGGCACUGGUGCUCUCAGCAGGGAUGCUUUCCGUCAAGCCGUUGUCAAUACGUUGGAGCGGCGGCUCUUCUACAUUCCGUCUUUCAAGAUUUAUCGAGGUGUUGCUGGUUUAUAUGAUUACGGUCCCCCUGGUUGUGCGGUUAAGGCUAAUGUCCUGGCUUUCUGGCGUCAACAUUUUGUCCUGGAAGAGAACAUGUUGGAAGUGGAUUGUCCAUGUGUCACACCAGAAAUUGUGCUGAAGGCAUCUGGUCAUGUAGAGAAGUUUACAGACCUCAUGGUCAAGGAUGAAAAGACAGGAACUUGCUACAGGACUGAUCACCUGCUCAAAGAUUUCUGCAAGGAGAAGCUUGAGAAGGACCUGAGUAUGAAUGCAGAGAAGGCAGCAGAGCUGAACAAAAUUCUUGUGAUUCUUGACGAUCUCUCUCCUGAAGAAUUGGGGGCAAAGAUUAAGGAAUAUGGUAUAGUUGCUCCAGAUACUAAGAACCCUCUUUCAGAUCCUUAUCCAUUUAACUUGAUGUUUCAAACAUUGAUAGGCCCAUCUGGCUUGAUACCUGGGUAUAUGCGCCCUGAGACAGCACAAGGCAUUUUUGUUAACUUCAAGGAUUUGUACUAUUUUAAUGGAAACAAGCUUCCUUUUGCUGCUGCACAGAUUGGUCAAGCUUUUAGAAAUGAGAUAUCCCCUCGCCAAGGUCUUCUAAGGGUUCGUGAAUUCACCCUGGCUGAGAUUGAGCACUUUGUGGAUCCUGAAGAUAAAUCCCAUCCAAAGUUCGGUGAGGUUGCGCACUUGGAGUUCAUGAUGUUCCCAAGGGAAGAACAAACUUCUGGACAAUCCGCGAAGAGAAUGUGCAUUGGUGAUGCAGUUUCUAAGGGAAUUGUCAACAAUCAAACACUUGGCUACUUCAUUGGAAGAGUAUACCUAUUCCUUAUGCAACUAGGAAUUGACAAAGAACGGUUGCGUUUCCGACAACAUUUGGCAAAUGAGAUGGCCCACUAUGCUGCAGACUGUUGGGAUGCAGAGAUUGAGUGCUCCUAUGGUUGGAUUGAGUGUGUUGGUAUUGCAGAUAGAUCUGCAUAUGACUUACGUGCUCACUCAGAGAAAAGUGGUGUUCCUCUUGUAGCUCAUGAAAAGUUUUCAGAACCCAGGGAAGUGGAGAAACUGGUCAUAGCCCCAGUGAAGAAGGAACUAGGUCUCGCAUUUAAGGGUAACCAAAAGAAUGUUGUCGAGGCGUUGGAGGUCAUGGAUGAAAAAGAAGCUAUGGAAAUGAAAUCCACUUUGGAAUCCAAGGGGGAGGUGGAGUUCUAUGUGUGUACUCUUGGGAAAGCUGUCACUAUUAAGAAGAACAUGGUGACAAUAUCCAAGGAGAAGAAGAAGGAACACCAACGGGCUUUCACACCUUCAGUGAUUGAGCCAUCAUUUGGCAUUGGACGAAUAAUCUACUGCCUGUUUGAACAUUCCUUCUACACAAGGCCAAGUAAAGCUGGAGAUGAGCAGUUGAAUGUAUUCAGCUUUCCUCCUCUUGUAGCUCCCAUCAAGUGCACAGUUUUCCCACUUGUGCAAAACCAGCAAUAUGAAGAAGUUGCCAAACAGAUCUCCAUGUCACUGACUGUGGCUGGGAUCUCAAAUAAAAUUGACAUUACUGGUACAUCUAUUGGAAAAAGAUAUGCAAGAACAGAUGAACUUGGUGUACCCUUUGCUAUCACUGUUGAUUCAACAGAUUCCGUUACAAUUCGAGAAAGAGACAGCAAGGAUCAAAUUCGUGUUAGUGUAAAGGCUGUGGCCUCUGUUGUCAAAGAGGUGACUGAUGGGUCAAGCACUUGGACGGAUGUGUUGUGGAGAUUCCCAGCUCAUUCAAGUGGAUCCGCAGAUGAGGGAGAAGCCAAAUAGUUGACUGAAAUGAUAUUAGGCCUUCCACCACAAGAACUUAAAUGUUUUGUCUGUCAGCAUUUUCACGUUAUAUGAGAUUCUGGAAGCAUUGUGGGUGGGGGGUUGAGGCUGCGUACACUGGGGCGAUGACCUGCGGCAGGUGUGGCCGUGCGGCGAGCAUCGGACGGCCAAGACGACAUCAGCACAAGCCCCGAUGCCAUGCUGGCCAUUGGAUCCUUGCCGUUCCGCCGCACUUGUGGCAGAGGAUUUUUUUCGGUGUACAUUGUGUGACCCUUCUUAGACUCCACGGUAGCGGGAGACUCAUGCAUUGGGUAUGCCUUUUUUUUUUGUGAGAAAUUUUACAGAGGAAAAUGAGAGAGUGAAGCUGUAGCAUUGGCCCGUAUUUUUUGUCUUGCCGCAUUUUUGACCUGUUCUGUUAAUGAUCCUUUGUAGGGAAGAAUUAAGCAAUAA